UUCAGUUUCAUGAGGAGUAGUUGGUAGAGUUCGCGCGAUGUACUUUCUAGCUCUCUUUCUUAUAUAUAAAAUAUAGGCCAAUUGAUGAAUGAUGAUAAGUAUCAAGCUUUCUGAUACUGCGUACUAUCCAAAAAAAGAUUUGUUUUUUGUUGAAAUCCCUACCUUGGGUCUCUUGUUUUUUGCCCGUCUCUUAUUCUUUUGGCUUAUGUUCUUGACUUAGUUGUGAUAAACCGCAUAGUUUAUGGCAAAAUUUGAAGCUUCUGUGUAGUUUCCGUGUUCAACUAUAGGGCAGAAUCUCUAUAUCUAGAGAGAGUGGUUACUUAGGGGAUCUUGUUUUCUGGGAAAUUUUGGAAUCGUUUCUGGGUUUUGCUUGAUAUUCACUUCCAGAGGGCACUGAUGGUUCCAAAGAGGCCAUUUUAUGGGGAUGAUGGAGAUUAUGAGAUGGGAAUUCCAGUUCAACAGUCAAAGAGGAGAAACAUGUUCAAGGAUGUUGUUCUAGAUGUGAUUAGAGGGAUUACAAUGGAUGAAAUUGUGUUAAGGAUGGAACCCUUCUUCAGAAAAGUGGUAAGAGAGGAGAUUGAACGUGCGGUUCAGCCCAGAAUUAAUGCGUCUCCAAGAUCCCUACUUGAUCAAGUUGAAACGUGUAAAGAAAGAGGUUUUCUGUUGCAUUUCGUUAACAAAUUGCCAUCGACGAUAUUUACUGGCAGCAGAAUCGAAGCUGAGGAUAGCAACCCUGUCCAGAUUGUACUGUUAGAUGCUGCUACCAGGGCUAUGGUUACCUCCGGUCCCCUAUCUUCGAAAAGGAUUGAGGUAGUUGUUCUUGAUGGUGGCUUUGGUUCUGAUGAGAAAGAAGUAUGGACGGAGAAAGAGUUCAAUGACAACAUUGUCCGUGAAAGGGAAGGGAAAAGGCCUUUGGUUACAGGAGAGCUAAUUAUUACCCUUAAAAAUGGAGUUGGUCAUAUUGGAGAGGUGUUUUUCACUGACAAUUCAAGCUGGAUAAGGUGUCGAAAGUUCAGGUUAGGAGUAAAAAUCACACAAAAAACUUCAGAUGAAGUGAGGAUUAGGGAAGGCAGGAGCGAGCCUUUCAUGGUUAAGGAUCAUCGUGGCGAGUUGUAUAAGAAGCAUCAUCCUCCAUCUUUGCACGAUGAUAUCUGGCGUUUGGAGAGGAUAGCCAAAGAUGGUGCCUUCCAUAAACGAUUAGCUGUCUGUGGAGUAAAGACUGUCAAUGACUUUUUGCGUUUGUAUGAGUCCGAUCCAUCAAGCCUACGAAAUAUAAUCGGAAACCAAAUAUCAAGUAAGACAUGGGAGACGAUAGUAGAACAUGCUACCGAAUGUGUUCCAGAUGAGGGGAAAUUCUAUACUUACACUGGCGCUUCACAAAGUGCGAUGCUCCUGUUCAAUUCAAUCUACAAAUUAGUUGCAGCAACAUUUGAUGGCCAAACUUAUCUUCCUAUUGAAAAACUGGACUUACCUCAAAGGCUUUUGGUGGACGAUGUGAAGAGGCAAGCAUGUAAAAACAUGAAGGACCUAGUCUUGGUUGAUGCUGGUUCCACAAUUAGCCCAUCAAUGGCCUUGGCUAAUUUGCAGCCUGAAAUAUCCCAAACUUCAAGCUUGCAGACUCUUCAACUCUCAACCGCACAUCAAGGUGAACCAGGAACACAUCUGGCUUUUGAUCAACAAGUUAUUUCAGCACCAUAUGCGUAUGACGCAGUAGAUAGGUUUCCAAAGGAACUCUAUUUACCACAGAAUAGUCUUCCUAUGCAGAUGUUUAAUCCACUUCUAAGGAACAGUUUCAGAAAUGCGGAUUUAUUCCGGAUUCCUUACAAUGGCGAAAAUAAUUGGCCUGCACAAGGAGAACUAGUGCAGCAAAGCAGUCAAUUAUCCACCGAGGACAUUCCAGCAUCGUUAUGGGGGCCAGGUAGUAAUAUUUUCUUCCCAGCAGACUAUGACGCUGAAGCAGAUGUUCUUUCUUCUUUCCCUGGUAGCUUCGAUGUAGAUAUGACAAGGUUCAGAACAUACAAAGCUCAGUGGUGCAAGAUCAGAGCUGCUCUAAUAUGGUAUUCGGUCAGAAGACAUGUUGCUGCCAAAAAAAGAUUAGCAGCAAGGCCUCUAAUUGGAUUGCUCCAAACUUAGGACUGGAAUCAUCAGGAGGAGCAAAGAAUCUGCCACUUGUAGCUUAUUACAGUAGUCUCUUGUUAGCUAAAUCUGUUUAAUAUUUCUUUCCAUAGUGAUCAAAAUUGCAACAAGAGUUAUUGGUGUGCCCUUGUUACUUAGUUCUCUAGUGUUUCCUUUUCCUGCACUUUUUCUGUAAGAUAGCAAAAGCGGUGCUUGCAGCUUGUGCAUAGUAUCCAAAUGAUUAUGAUGAUCUGUUUCAAAAUUUGAACUCCACUUUUUCUUUC